AUGCAGUGUGGGAGCGGGUGCGCGAACCUCCAGCAGACGCGCGAAAAAGCGGUAUUCUCGAACCCCCCCUCCCGAACCGAACCCACCUCCCGCCCGCGCGUCGCCUCCCACCUCCCGCCCGCGCACCGCGCCUACCACCACCCGCCCGCGGGCCGCGCCCACCACCUGCCGCGCGCCCCGGCUGCCUCCGCCUCCCACCUCCCGGCCGCGCGCCGCGCCCACCACCUGCCGCGUGCCCCGGCUGCCGCCGCCUCCCACCUCCCGGCCCCGCGCCGCCUACCACCACCCGCCCACGCGCCGCGCCCACCACCUGCCGCGCGCCCCGGCGGCAGCCCUUCAACCCCGUGCCUCCUCCAUGCCGGUGGCAGCCCCCGCAUCCCCGCGCCGCCUCCAUCCCUGGCUGCUGCCCCCGCAUCUUCGGCCGCCUCCCUCCCCUGCCGCAGCCCCGAAUCUUUGCGUCGCGUCCGUCCUCGUCAACAACCCCCGCCGCCUUCUUUCCAGAUGAGGCCCUCACCUGGGCACCAGAGAUAUGCAACAUGCCACGGCAGUCUACCACGCCGCCCCAGGGAGUUCACCUCCCGCCCCCUGCGCCCAGCUCCUCCAGCGGCACCCCGACCAGAUUGA